AAAAAUAAACAGGAGAGAGAGAAAGAGGUGACAGGUGACUCAAAAGGAUAAAAGAGAAAAAAUCGAGGAAGAAGAAAAGAAGUCAUGGUUAUGUCGAGAACCGCAAUUUCUUCAACCCAUCAUCCUGUUGCGGUGCUACAGCUUACAAGCGACGCAAUUAAAUUAAAGCAGAUUAUCAUUCUAUUUCACCAUUCUUAUAACAUCUGUACUUUUCAUGUCUUCAAUCUCUUUCCCUCUAUUUUCUUAAUUGAUUUUGAAGUAAUUUUUGCUGGAUUGUAAUUUUGAUCAAUUGAUUACGGCUUGAUUCUUAGAUUGGAGCGUGUUUAAUUUUAUGCGUUGCUUAUUUUUACAAUAAAUGUUUGCCGUACAAGUAAUGCCUUUUGAUUUUCAUCUUAUUGAAUCCUUGUUACUGACUUUUUCUUUUUUCGUUUGUAAUUUAAGUUGAGUAAUUGAUGAGUAUGAAUUCUGUAUUUGAUCCUGAUUUUAGAAUUAAUCUGUUUUCUGGAAUCAUUUUGAGCUGAAUUGAGUGCUAUGAGCUGCAGUAAUAUCAAUUAAUUGUUGGUUUGUUGUGGUAAUUUGUUGAUUUUCUCUAUUGCAGUUUUCAUUUAUUAACAUUCUAAUGUCACUUUAAGUAUCAACUUCUGGGGACAGUCUGCUGCUUUUGCAUAAACUAUUGUAUUGUGGUUUGUGGACUUGUGGUGAUAUUAUGUGUGAUUAGUACUUACUAUACCCUAUUGCAUUUGAUGCUUGCCAAUUCAACAUUUGUAGAUGAUAGAGGUUUUGAGAACCAAAUGGCCUAAGUUUGAUGAGAACAUUGGUUGUCUGUUAGAAUGCGUGACGUGUUUGUGGUUUGUGGACUUGUGGGUUGUGGACUUGUGUUAAUAUUAUGUGUGAUUAGUGCUUCCUAUACCCUGUUGCAUUUGAUGCUUGUUAAUUCAACAUUUGUAGAUGAUAGAGGUUUUGAGAACCAAAUGUGCUAAGUUUGAUGAGAACAUUGGUUGUCUGUUAGAAUGCCUGACGUGUUUGUGAUAUUGUGGUUCAUACUUUCUAGCCUCUGGCUCUAGAGAAUGCUUAGUUUCUUGGUGUCUUUCUCUGUGUGACCCUAACAGAAAUUUGAUACGUUUGCAGGUGUGGAUGAUCCUGACUUGUGUAUAAUUCAUUGCUUACUGAUAUUGAGGUAAUAAAGAUUUGGGCUUCUGAUUAUGGUCGUAAUUAGAUUGCUUGGUCUUUUAGGUGCAAUUGGUUGUGGUUGAAGACGUGAGUGUUCGUUUUGUGAAUUCGUGUUUAUUGGAAUAAUUCAUUUGGGUCGGAGCUGUGGAUUUCUAGUUUUCACUCUGGAAAAUAGAAUUCAAUCUUUUUUUAGGAAGCCUAGAAGUUUUUAUGGAAUUUCUCAUUUGGAAAACGAAUAGAUGAGUCAAAUUGAUGGACAAUCGCCAAUAAAUCGAUAGGGUAGUCCAACUUGAAGAUAGAGGGAUCAGUUCAAUUUUUUAUAUAUAGCAGGAUUAGAUUACUUCACGAUGGGUUUGCCUCACAUAUCGUCUGGUGAAUCUAAUGAGGAGCGUCUGGCACAAUUGAGCCAGCAUACUCAAAAUCCUACCCAUUUUAAAAUUGUAAGCACGUGUGAUCUGGAUGGGUUGUGUGUCGGACACGUAAGCGUACCACGCAGGAAUUUGUAUAUCUCUUCAACAGGAGGAUUCUCCAAGAAGAGAAAGGAGGGUGCAGGUACUUCGGAUGACCCUCUUAAGACAAGAAAGAACGGAGAUAUUGUGCCUUAUGUUCCUAGAGUGAAAUUUGUGCCAGAGGAUAUUGGUUGCCAGAAUGCUAAGCAAGAUGUGGAUGUAACUCCUGUUUCUAGAGUUGUAGGAUUUCAAGCAAAUGAAACUCCGAUAUGCUGUGGGAAAUUGAGUAACAGCGGUUCUUCAGAUGAGGUUACUCUCGAUGUAAAUGAUACUGAAUCUUGUGGUCUAGCAUUUCGUAAGCGAAUGUUGUCACCUUUGACCCAAUUGAUUUUCCCAGGCGACUGCAAACGUGAUGCUUUGAACCUUGGAUACGGGAUGUUGUCUCCUGUCACUACAGAGAAAAUAUGUAGUGCAAGGGCUCAGGAACUUAAGAAAGAAAAUGCUGAAUCAAAGAACCGAUUGAGUACCCCAACCUCGUCAUUCUCUUAUUGCAGGGAGUCAAUAAAUGCAUCUUACGUAAGUGGUAGAAGGGCUUCAUAUUCUUUGAUUGAUGGCCCAUCACCAAGACACCAGGAAUCAUCUGAUGUCUUUUCAUCCUCGCCCGGACAUAGCAACCUAGAAAUUUCAAGCAUAUCAAGAAGUCAUGUUGAAGGUAAUUUUAAAUGCAUGGAGAGAAUGAUCUCCCAUUCUCUUCCAUCAUCUCCCCUUGGUCGGAAGUCUUGUGAAAGGCUGGAAUCUAUGGAUGACUUUAAAACUGUUAACAGACAGUUUGAGAGUGACUAUACAGCAAUUAGUAGUACUAGAUUGUCACUUGGUGGAUCUGGUGCUGGCACACCCUUGUCUGCUGAAAAAGAGGGGUGUAAUGUCACUAGAAAGUCGAUUGAAGACUUUCUGUCAUCGUCCUUGGAUUCUGCUGGAGAGUGUAUUUGGCCAAAUUUUCAUGAUUUGGCCCCUAGACUUCAUAGCACAAAGCCAACUAGAACUUUGACUGGGCAUUGUGUGCCAAGGUCUUUGCUAGGCUCAUUUGAGGAAUCCCUUUUAUCUGGUAGAUUCUCCUUUGGUAGUUAUCAGAAAAUCGAUGACUUUCUAGCUGUUCUUAGUGUUACCGGCGGAAAUUUCUCGCCAAAAUCCCAGAAACUUCCAUUUUCUGCUACCAGUAUAGAUGGAGAUAGAUACUUACUCUACUAUGCAUCUUUAGCACUUCCAGGAAAAUCUGCUUCCAAUGGUAGUUAUGGCCACAAGUUCAGAAGAAGUCUUAGCAAUAAUGAUGCAGGAUUUGUCAAAAAUCAACUACGCAUUCCCAUGAAAGGACGGAUACAGCUCGUCCUCAGCAAUCCGGAAAAAACUCCUAUUCAUACCUUCUUUUGCAACUAUGAUUUGAGUGACAUGCCUGCAGGUUCCAAGACAUUCCUGCGCCAAAGGAUCACGCUUGCAUCUACUAAAACCUCUGCUGAACCUGAACAACGUAAAGUAUGUGGGAUGACAGUGAACGAGAAGAUUUUAGCAGCGUUAGAUACCAAUCCUUCAGUGGGACACGGCAUGCCAUUAAGUGCAUGUGAAGAGAACCCUAAAUAUACAAGUAGUCCAGGAUUGACUUUUGAACUGAAAGGUCAUGAAUGCUCUAACUUAAAAGGUUUUGUAGGCAAAGGAGAACAAUAUAAUGUGCCCAGAAACCCAAGACAUACGGACUCUACUUUCAGUGACUACAAAAGUGAAGGUGAAGAUACUGGCAAUGACAAUUUCGGCCAGGAUACUUGCUAUGUGGCUGAGAGGAAAUCCUCGCUUGGUACAUUUAAGGUUAAAGAAUAUUGCUGCCAGGGUGCGUGCAAUGUGGCUGACGCCAAAGCCUCACCUGGUACAACUAAGGUUAAAGAGAACCUUAAAGGUUCUGGAGCCCUACGUUAUGCUCUGCAUCUUCGUUUCUUGUGCCCUCCACUCAAAAAGUAUUCUAAGUCAGUACAGGGCCUCAAAACUGAAUGUGUACAAUCUCCAAUAAAUAAUUCCGGGGAGAAGGAACGAGAAAGGAGAUUUUACUUGUACAAUGACCUGAGAGUUGUAUUUCCUCAAAGGCAUACAGAUUCAGAUGAAGGCCAGUUGAAUGUGGAAUAUCAUUUCCCAGCAGAUCCAAAGUAUUUCGACAUUGGCGACUAGAUUAUGUGCAUUUCCAACUCCCAUCGAUGCAUAUCCAAAAUUACCCCCCCUUUUUUUUUUUCUGACUCUGUACAUAUUGUAAUUUGUAAAUAUAGAUCUUUCUGAAUGAUUCCAUCUUGGAAUCUUCUUGAUGUUCUUCUGUACAGUGGACUUGAACCCUACCUAAUAAACAAGCUAUUUUAAUUCA